CCGGCGGCCGCGCGACUCUGCUCCAUCUUUCGCCCACCACAACCCGCUGCUUGCCCGGUUCCUUAUUAUUAUUAGUAUUUCUACGCGCGUGCUUGAUCCGUUGCUUCCGACGCUUCUCCUCGGCUGGGGACAGAACUAAACAGCCAGACGCCCGACCCGCUCUUUGAUUGCUGCUGCAACAACAUCGGGUGACUUGCAGGCGCGGGUCAAACUUUGCAGAAAGUCCCACUGGCCAGCGGCAACAUCCUCCACCUCCCCGCGUGCCCGAGGCGUCUUCGUUCUUUCCCCUCUGCAGUCCUGCUUCCCUUUUGCAAACGGGCUCUGCAAAAGCACACGCGCGGGCGCACUACCCUGCCCGCCUUUCUUCUUCACUCUGACGAGGAAUACGGGAAUCCCAGUGAAGCGGAGAGCAAAGCAGCCUGACCGCCAGCCUCCCACUCGUCUCCUCUAUCUGCAGCUGUUUCAGACCUUAAAGGCACUUCCUUCCAACCCGCGCAGGAAUGCUGGAGAGACCUGCACCAUGCCGGCGUCUCAAAGUCGGGCCAGGGGAAGAGACAGGAACAAUGUCUUGAACAGGGCUGAGUUCAUGUCGCUAAACCAGCCCUUGAAAGGUGCCCAAGAACCCAGGAGCGCUGGCCGGAGGCAGAACAGCCAGCCCGGCCCCACCCCUGCCCCAAACGAGGGUGCCAAGGAGCGGAGGCAAUCUCAGCAGCUGCCCGAGGAAGACUGCAUGCAACUGAACCCUUCCUUCAAAGGAAUCGCCUACAAUUCCCUCCUGGCCAUCGACAUCUCUCUUUCAAAGAGGCUUGGGGUGUGCGCCAGAAUCUCCUCAUCCUGGGGCAAUGCCCGCUCCAUGAUCAACCUCAUCGGGAUCACAGGGCAUGGGGUCCCUUGGAUCUGCGGCACGCUGAUCUGCUUGGUGAAGAGCAGCACCCUGGCAGGCCAGGAGGUCCUCAUGAACCUACUUUUGGCCUUAUUUCUGGACAUCAUCAUUGUGGCUGGCUUACAGAAGAUGGUCAAGCGAAAGGGCCCGUAUGACGUAAGCCCAGGCCUGUUGGACUACUUGACCAUGGAUGUCUAUGCUUUUCCAGCAGGACACGCCAGCCGAGCCGCCAUGGUGUCCAAGUUCUUCCUCAACCACCUGGUCUUAGCUGUGCCACUCCGCAUCUUAAUUGUGAUCUGGGCCUUGUUGGUGGGACUUUCCCGGAUCAUGGUUGGGCGGCACCACGUCACCGACGUCCUUUCUGGAUUCGUGUUUGGCUAUUUGCAGUUUAGGCUGGUGGAGGUGAUGUGGAUGUCUUCUAAUACUUGCCAGAUGUUGAUCUCCAUGUGGUGAAACAGCAGCAACGGACUGUCCUUUCCCCCUUAUUUUUACACAAUGAAGACUUGAAUACUGUACACUUUUUUAAAAGUGAAGGAUUUCAAAAACAAAACAUGGUACACAAACCUCCACAUGUUGGGAAUGAGUAUCAACUUCCACCAGGGUGGUGAAGACCUGGUUGCAUCUAUUAUAGCACAAUGUCUUGGGAUGAUUUCUUGCCGGUUGUGCUGCCGAGACUCACGGCUACAUUUUGCCAUGUUUUCUUGACUCCCAAGUGGAUGGAAAAUUCAUUUGGCUGUAGGGAGAGAACAAAAUUACAUUCUGUUGCUGUUUGUUUGUUUAGAUGGCACACUCUAGUCUUGACGCUGUUGGAAUGCCCAGCCCUUGUUGUUGAAUGUGGUUGUGCAUUGAUUUUAUUUCGUGGAGGCCAGGAAAUUUGACGUGAAGUGAAUUAUAAGGUUGCAGUCUGGAGCUCUAGGAUUCAAUCCCUAAGUCAUA